AUGUAAGGAUCAAGAAGGCAUCCAGAACUUGAUAAUAUGCCUGAUUUUUUAUUCGAAAGUAAAAGUAUAUUGAUUUCAAGAUACUCUAAUAUUAUCUGAUCCAAGAGAGGAAAAUUGUUAUUCUACUAUAAAAGAUUAUUGUUGUCCAAAUUUUAAUUUAAUGUCAUUUACAGCUAUAAUUUCAUUGAUUCAAUUGUCUAUAUUUAUUGUUAUGUGUUUUUUGGGGGAUUUUAAUCUUUAGAAAACAAUUUUGUGUAUUGUAUUUAAAUAUUAUUUACUAAAGAGUUCUCAGAUGAAACACUUGAAACUUUUGGAAGAUGUUCAGCUUAUAAUUUGA